GCCAGAGUUGCCUUCUUUAGUAAAGGGUCGGGAUAGAAUAGAAGGGGGAGGGGGAGUUUGGAAGUCUGCAAAAGUUUUGCAGCCGGCACUUUGCACCCGGGGCUAAAUUCACACGGACACAGAGGGGAUAAAGAGAGUGAAUGAUAAAGCACAAGGAGAGCAGAGCAUAAGGCCAGUAGGAGAGCUGGGAGCUGAAGAAGCUCUGACUCAUUCAUUAUUCAUACUAUCAGUUCCACCUGAAGACACCUGGGGAUUCAUAUCUAUAGAAAAACUACUGAAAAGGCUGCCCAAAAUGGAAGGAGAGAUGGAGAAGCGGCUGCUACUGAGUGGGGAGAAACGCUCAUAUUGUGGAAUCCCCGGGAAGGAUUUACAUAGCCAGGUGUUCACUUAUAUAUCUGAUUUAAACGGUAUUGAAUUGGGUCAUCAGGAGAAACAGCACUGUCAUUCUAACCGGGAACAGGGUGAUUGGAAUAGCAAAGAGAAAAAAAAGGCCCGUAGGAAGCUGUAUGUAGCAUCAGUCGUCUGCCUACUGUUCAUGAUCGGAGAAGUGAUAGGUGGGUACUUGGCACACAGUUUAGCAAUCAUGACAGAUGCUGCUCACCUUCUGACAGACUUUGCCAGUAUGAUGAUCAGUUUAUUUGCUCUGUGGAUGUCCUCAAGGCCAGCUACUAAAACUAUGAACUUUGGCUGGCAUCGGGCAGAGAUAUUGGGAGCACUCCUCUCUGUUCUCUCAAUCUGGGUUGUGACUGGAGUCUUGGUCUACCUGGCUGUGGAGCGUAUAAUAUCAGGAGAUUACGAGAUUGCGGGCGAUGCUAUGCUGAUCACCUCUGCCGGUGCAGUUGCAGUCAAUAUCAUAAUGGGGUUAAUUCUUCAUCAGACAGGGCAUGGACACAGUCACGGAACUGGAAACUCCCAUUCUCACUCUCAUGGUGCUGGAGAUCAUGGUAAUCCUAGUGUCCGUGCUGCUUUUAUCCAUGUGGUCGGGGAUUUAUUACAAAGCGUUGGGGUGCUCAUUGCUGCCUACGUAAUUUAUUAUAAGCCGGAGUAUAAAAUUAUUGAUCCUAUAUGCACAUUCCUGUUUUCUGUGCUAGUUCUGAUCACAACACUGACCAUCCUUAGAGAUGUCCUUCUAGUCCUAAUGGAAGGAACCCCUAAGGGAGUGGAUUUUAACUUGGUGAAGGACACCUUGCUCUCGAUCAGUGGAGUGAAAGCUCUUCAUAGUCUGCAUAUCUGGGCCCUGACAGUAUCCCAACCUGUGCUCUCUGUUCAUAUAGCAAUCAAUGAGAAUGCAGACUCGCAAACAGUGCUAAAAGAGGCCAGCUCACAACUACAGAAUAAGUUCCACUUCCACACCACUACUAUCCAGAUAGAGAAUUACUCCGAUGACAUGAAAGACUGCCAAGAGUGCCAAGACCCUUCAGACUAAGAUCUGACCUUAAGGACUAUUUUAACCAGGAAGCUACAAUCUCCUUCUGUGAGAACCAUAUCUACCUCAGUACUGUACUUCCAUAGUAAGGAUGUUACUUACCUGCCCUAUGUGGGAACUAUGACCAAACGAGCUAGGAUUCCACUCUGGGAAUAAAUACAGUUGUUAAUGUUCCUAGAAGGAUGAGUUGCUUUUGAAGAUGUCCACUGGAACAUAAUGCCCAUGUUGUAUAAUAUGAUACAAACGUUGCUACACCAAUGAAUAUUCAGAGACUUCAAUCCGAGUGACGAACAAAUAAACAUUUGCAGAGAUUCCAGUUUAAUUAGACAACAAAUAAACAUUUCAUGUAAAAGGACUUCAUCUUAAAAAAAAAAAAAAA